AUGACAAGUGUGGGCCUGGCUCUGAAGCAGACGCUGGGUUUCUGUGAGGAAUCCCCCUACGUGACCGGCGGUCGCUGCAACAGCUCCGCGGAGUGUCGAGCGGGUGAGUUGCUGAUAUUUGGACAUGGAAUCAAGACCGGUAGAUGUAUCCCCUCCACCGUCCUGACCAACGUCAGUGUCUGUGAAAUCUACAGCUGGUGUCCCACCGAGCAUCAGAAUCCGCUUCCAGCCACGCUGCUGAGAAAUGCCCCCAAUUUUACUGUUCUCCUCAAGAACAGCAUUGAGUUUCCGAUGUUCCACGUGAAAAGGCGAAACAUUUUCGACUGGAUGGAUGUCGAUUUCCUUGAAAACUGUCUUUACGACCGGGACAAUGAGGAAAUGAAGUACUGUCCCCGGUUUCGCAUUGGCGACAUAAUCAAAUAUACUGGAAGCGAAACAGAAGAUAUUUGGACCCAGGGUGGCAUUGUGGCCAUCAGGAUUGACUGGACUUGUAAUCUGGACUAUGAUGAGGAGGACUGCCUACCAAGUUACUCAUUUCACCGACUGGAUGACUCAGAUAGUGUCUACAUGGCUGGCUGGAGUCUCAGGUAUGCUGAUCACUUCGUGGAGAAGGGAAUUCGCAAUCGCUAUCUGGUUAAAGCCAAUGGAAUACAGUUUGUAAUCACAGUGCAUGGUACUGGGGGGCGGUUUGACCUCCUGACCUUUUCAAUGAAUCUGGGUUCGGGCCUGGCCCUGUUGGGCAUAGCUACCCUCCUCUGUGACAUGAUUGUGCUCAACUUUGUGCGGAAACGGUCCAUGUAUCGAAAGGCGAAAGUGGAUCUGCUGGAGAAGCAGCGACGCAAGCUGAGGGUGGAACAGGUUCGCAGCACUCUAGGCGAACUGUAUUCAAAGUCUGGGGAACUAGACGAGAACAGUGCGCCACGCGGCCGUCCAAGACGGCGGGGGGCAGACGGGCGUCGUCCGAGGCCGCGCAGCUACGAAAAC